AUGAGUUCCGAAAGUAAUUUCUCGUUGAAAUUCCGGCGCCCCUCCAGCAAAUUGCACAAGGAUCCCCCUAGCUUCAGUUCGCGCAUUCUUCGAAGUCAUCAAAGCAACACCUCGCUCAAGCGCCACCCCUCCGCCCCCGUCUACCCGCGCUCCUCGCCCAGUGGCAGUCGCGAGCACGUCCGCUCGCGCUCCAACGCUGCCUUUGGCUCCUCCUCAUCCUCCUCCCUCGAACAGCAUAGCCAGCACAGCCAGCAUAGCCAGCAUAGUGGUGGCCCCUCCCCCAUCGUCGAUGAGGGGUCCGGGUCCUCGACCUAUUUCCCCAGUUUCAGCUCCUCGCGCUCCCGGACUCGGAGCUCCAACCGCUUCUCCUAUAACGAACGCAGUUCGGAUGAAGUCAAUAAUCCCUCCUUUGAAACGCGGGGUAUGCUCAGUGCCCUCGAUGAGAAUACCGCCGAACCCGAUCAUCAACCCCAGCAUUAUCAACCACAAUCACAGCCUCCGCCGCUGCGCUCCCAUCAUACCAGUCCCGACGACCCGCGCGGCCGCCAAACGCUCCGACAAUCGGCCAGCUUUACGGCCCUGCCGAACCGGAUGAUGGACUCCUUUGCGCAUCGGGAGACCGAGCGGUCGCACCACGAUAAGCGUUAUUCCGAUGAGGUCAAUACUGGCAAUCCGGGCCCACCCCCUCCUCGCACGGGAAGAAGCAAAAAGGCGAGCUUCUCCAGUUUCGUCAACAGCAUGCUCGGGUCGCCUCGCAACAUCAAGAUUUCCGCCCCGGAGAAUCCGGUCCAUGUAACGCAUGUGGGAUAUGAUAACCAGACCGGUCAGUUCACCGGUCUACCCAAGGAAUGGCAGCGACUGUUGCAGGAAAACGGUAUCUCCAAGAAGGAACAGGAAGAACACCCACAGACAAUGGUGGAUAUCAUGCGAUUCUACGAAAAGAAUACUCGUGGAGAUGACGACGAGGUUUGGCACAAGUUCGACAACGCAUCAUACAAGGCCACUACAACAGCAGCCCCGGCGACGGGGACCUCGCCGCCCGGUAGCCCCCGAUUCCCGCAGAAUCACGAAGGCAGUUUCGAGAACCCACGAUCGCCGCCUCCCAUCCCUCGCGGUCCUCCCGCAGUAUCGCCCGCCGCUGCCAUUUCCCCGCCUCUAGGUAGCCUGGUUCCGCAUCGUGCGCCUCCAAAGCCCCCGACCGGCAUCACCCCAGCGCGUCCACCUCCGCAACCUCCCGUAUCACAAGGCUUUACUGCCCUGCCGCAGCGACCGACUCAAGAUCCAUAUGGCGCAUCAUUUGGGUUACCACCCAUGGUCGACGCAGCGCCUGUAACCUCUGGAUCGCCCAAACCCAGUCGCUCCAAACCCAGUCGCUCCAACUCCCGAAACGGCGUGCCGGCUCCCAAGCAUAAUGUGAUCGCCUCCCCGACACAAUACCAGCAGCAACAGGAGCAGGUCAUGGCAGCUGCGCAGCAGGCAAUUGCAUCAAAGCAGCUGGAUCGGAGCACGAGCCAGCGCACCCAGCAGCAACCACCUCAACCACCUCAACCUGCACCUUUGGCCACGAACUUGGGCCCUUCAUCCACGGAUCCUUCGCCUACUUCAGCGUCUCCCAGCACCCGCGCUCCGCCCGCUGCCCGUCCACGACAACGCCAGCAGCGUCAGAGCAAUAUAAUGGAUGUACGCCAGCGCCUGCUUCAGAUCUGCCAUCCCGGCGAUCCGACUCAAUUAUAUCACAGCCUGAACAAGAUUGGCCAAGGUGCUUCCGGUGGUGUAUACACGGCAUAUGAGACGGGCACCAACAACUGCGUGGCCAUCAAGCAGAUGAACCUCGACCUCCAACCGAAGAAGGAGCUCAUUAUCAAUGAGAUUCUUGUGAUGAAGGAUAGUAAGCACAAGAACAUUGUCAAUUUCCUGGAGAGCUUUUUGCACGGGCUGGAUCUGUGGGUUGUCAUGGAGUACAUGGAGGGUGGUAGUCUAACGGACGUGGUCACCUUCAACAUUAUGAGUGAAGGGCAGAUUGCUGCUGUUUGUCGCGAGACUCUGAGCGGCCUUCAGCACCUGCAUUCCAAGGGUGUCAUUCAUCGUGAUAUCAAAUCCGAUAACAUUCUUCUUUCCCUGGAGGGUAACAUCAAACUGACCGAUUUUGGUUUCUGUGCCCAGAUCAACGACUCCCACAACAAGCGCAACACUAUGGUCGGUACCCCGUACUGGAUGGCGCCCGAAGUCGUCACUCGUAAGGAGUACGGUCGCAAGGUCGACAUUUGGAGUUUGGGUAUCAUGGCCAUUGAAAUGAUCGAAGGCGAGCCGCCUUAUCUUACCGAAUCGCCACUUCGUGCCCUCUAUCUGAUCGCCACAAACGGAACCCCCAAGAUCAAGGAUGAGCAUCAACUGUCACACAUCUUCCGUGACUUCCUCCACUUGGCCUUGAAGGUUGAUCCGGAGAAGCGUGCUUCGGCGCACGACUUGUUGAAGCACCCCUUCAUGGGCCUGUGCUCUCCACUUUCCCACCUAGCCCCGCUGGUCAAGGCUGCGCGUAUCAGUCGCGCGCAAGAGAAAGCGCAGAAAGGCGGCGCUUGA